GAGAAUUAAAAAAGAAUUCUAAUCACUUCCCAUCACCUACAGUCCUAAAACCCUCCCUCUGCAUCCCCCAUUCAUGAUACGAUUGGGAGUUUUAUUGGAUUCCCCUAAAAACUCAAACAAGAAUGUGCCUCUCUUCCUCUCCGCAUUGGAUCACGGCGGCGACGGCUGUGCCUUUGUGAUGAUGGCGGUGGCGCAGCAGCAAUAAUUCGAUGCGGAUUCUGGAGAAAGAGAGUGGGAAUCGGAGAGGAGAAGUGACUGAAUUCGGAGAAACAAUGUGCGUGAUUCUCGAGGGAGAAGAAGACAAGAAACAGGUGGGUCUAGUGGGCGGCGGUGGGCCUGUGCUGCCGCCGCCCAACUUCUCGGCGGUGGAAGAUCUCUGCAUUUACAGAUCAGGGUUCCCGCAGCCGCCCCAUUUCCCCUUUGUUCAAACCCUCAACCUUCGCUCUAUCAUAUAUCUGUGUCCGGAGCCUUACCCUGAAGAGAACAAGGAGUUUCUCCGCCUAAACAAAAUCAAGCUUUUCCAGUUUGGAAUCGAAGGCACCAAGGAGCCAUCUGCUAUUCCCAGGAGUGCCAUUACAGAGGCCCUUAGAGUAUUAAUUGACGUGAGAAACCAUCCGGUGCUUAUCCAUUGCAAGCGUGGAAAGCACCGAACAGGUUGUCUGGUCGGGUGCCUAAGGAAGUUGCAGAAUUGGUGUUUGUCAUCUGUGUUGGAAGAAUACAGACAUUUUGCAGGUACAAAGUGGAGAGAAUCUGACUUAGGGUUUCUCGAGGAAUAUGAUGCGUCAUCCAUUCGACACUCCCUUCAGAGCAUUAUCUACCGCUACAAUGCCUCACGGAAGAUGCGGUUACUCAACAGAGAAGAAGAGUGUGUCCACAAGCCCGGGAUCGCUCGAGUAUAGCUCUCAUCCUUCUCUGUUUUUUGACCUUGUAGUUCAAGCUGCUGUCUUUUUGGUUCUUGUCCAAACUCCAAACAUCAUAGUAGUUUUUUACAGUUUA